GUUAGCCAGCUGCUUUAGCAUUUUCACCAAUGUCUGUUUUUCCCCAGCACUCCGAUGGUUUUCACUAGUUAAUUAUGUGUUCAGAAAGAGUCGCUCGCCCGGUGUCUGCUAUUUAUUCAUCUCUGUCUUUGUGUCAUUUAGGUGGUUACAUGAACUGUGUGAUGGUUACGGUGCUUAGAAAAAGCUAAGCAGCGAACUAGCUAGCCAGACGUGUCCAUUUUUUCCAAAUCGAAAGAAACGUGUCCACAGGAGAAUGUCCAAAUAACCCUGUUGCGCUGCUGUGUGCCAAGAUCAUAGAAGGCUGCCAUACCGAAAUCGGUUUGUAAAUGUUGUGUGAAAGUCAGCAAGCUGACCAUAUGUGUAUUUUACACGAUUUAAUAGGGUAGAGUAGCUAAUUAAAUAAUACAGACAGCGGGGAACAGGCCCAAGUUUAGUGCGACCGUGGUUCGGGCGUUGUGUUCUGUUGUAAUUAGUUAAAGCUUAGCGACUUUUAGCCCCCUGUAUAAAAUGAAGUUACAGAAAGGGUAUAUUCUUACUCCGUUGAAAUUGUCGUUCAUAUUUGGCUAUAAAGUUAGAAAUCAUGCUUGCAUCCGUGUCGUCAAGACUGGGCAGCUAACCGAAUUGAUGUUCGCUAACACUAGUUCUAAUAGUGAUGAUGGUAACAAACGAACACGUUUUCGGAUUUACAUUUCGGGAGUAAGAAUCUGACUUCAUUUCCUUAGCUAGCUGGUUCACUAGGUUGCAUUGUUGGCGAGCUAGGUUGCUGCCCGUUACGCACAAGGCCUAGAAUGGAGGUGGACUUUGACGUUUCAUUUUAGCGACCGCUACAGACCACGCAGUCUGUGUUUCCAUAAUGUUAGUCAGAACCCGAAUUACUUGCCAAUUAUGUGAAUUGGUAUCGCCGUAAUAAUAGACCGCCGAGCAAGUAUCCUGUUAUUUCGCUCAAAUAUAUGGAAUUUCUUAACAUUAGAUUGCUUCUGGAAGCAUUAUUACAGUUUUGGUCAUCCAACGUGUUGAUUCGCUGCUCGUGGCUGGAGUGUUACAAAAUGUCCUGCAGUGAUUUCAUUUUGUCUGAGGUGUGUUCAGGGGAACGAGAGCGGUGUGUAACAGCAUCUCAAGAGCGUAGAAAGCAAAUUGGUGUUAGUCACCGCUAGAUACACGUAAUCAUAGUGCAAGCUCUUUCCGCGUUUCAGUUUGCCGGUUUCGUCUGAUUGCAAACUGUUCAUUUGACUGGUUCGCUCUCUGUAUCGGUUUAAAGAGAUUUUAACACGUGACAGCAAGUAUUUUUCUAUCGCUGUAAAAGACUCAAGCUUUUACGUAAAACGCAAAGUCGACGAACUUCUCUAGGUUAUUCCGUAGACCCAAGUCCAUUUUUUUAGUUUGUAACACAGGUCAAAUGCCCCAUUCGAUUUCAUACAUGUAAAAAGAUGGAAUGAAACGGAUGUUAAACAUCCUGUUGACUGAUGGACGCGCAGGGGGCUGCAACGUGUCAUGUAACAGUUUACAGCCAGAAUGGUACUGACUUUCAGAGAACUGGUAGGGUGUGUCUGGCAACGUCACCGCCAGUGACCUCAGGCCAAGCUCAGAACCACUGACCCCUUAUGGUAAUUGUAGUAGAGUGUGAAACUCAUGGUAUUGGGUAGACUUUCACAGACACAUCAGGAGUAUUCCGCAUGACUGCCCUUGACGAGGUUACUGUACAUCUUCCACAUACCUACCUUGUCAUGCCAGACCAUCCUCAACGCAUCCAAGGUACGUUGGGAACCUGUCCCGGGAUGUGACGGAGGCCCUCAUCCUGCAGCUCUUCAGUCAGAUCGGCCCGUGCAAGAGCUGUAAAAUGAUCGUAGACACGGCAGGGAAUGACCCAUACUGCUUUGUGGAGUUCUACGAGCAUAGGCACGCUGCUGCCUCCCUGGCCGCAAUGAAUGGACGUAAAAUAAUGGGUAAGGAGGUUAAGGUGAACUGGGCCACAACUCCAAGCAGUCAGAAAAAAGACACGAGUAAUCACUUCCACGUCUUUGUGGGAGACCUGAGUCCAGAAAUCACCACUGAUGACAUCAAAGCAGCCUUUGCACCGUUUGGGAGGAUAUCUGAUGCCCGUGUGGUGAAAGACAUGGCAACUGGGAAGUCCAAAGGCUAUGGCUUUGUGUCCUUCUUCAACAAAUGGGAUGCAGAGAAUGCCAUUCAGCAGAUGGGCGGCCAGUGGCUGGGUGGCAGGCAGAUCAGGACCAACUGGGCCACAAGAAAGCCCCCUGCUCCCAAAACGACCUAUGAGAGCAACACCAAACACCUGUCCUUCGAAGAGGUGGUGAAUCAGUCCAGCCCUAGCAACUGCACUGUGUAUUGCGGUGGAGUCACCACCGGGCUCACAGAGCAAUUGAUGAGGCAGACUUUCUCCCCAUUUGGACAAAUCAUGGAAAUUAGAGUUUUCCCUGACAAAGGCUAUUCAUUCAUCAGGUUUAACUCCCACGAGGGGGCGGCCCAUGCCAUCGUCUCCGUGAACGGGACCUCGAUAGAGGGGCACGUGGUGAAGUGCUAUUGGGGGAAGGAGACGACGGACAUGGUGAACACCAUGCAGCAGGUGCAGGUGCAACAGAACAAAGUGGGCUUCACUACCCAGCCCUACGGCCAGUGGGGCCAAUGGUACGGCAGCGCGCAGCAGAUUGGUCAGUACGUGCCCAAUGGCUGGCAGGUACCCACCUACAGUGUUUAUGGGCAGGCCUGGAAUCAGCAGGGCUUCAAUCACAUACAGGCCAGUGCCGGGUGGACGGGAGUCGGCGCUGUCAGCAACGGCGGGGUUGUGGAGCCGGCGCAGGGUGUGAACGGGAGCGUGCUAGCUAACCAGUCCGGCAUGGGCACCACGGGAUACCACACUCACUGAUAGGGGACUGGCGGCUCCAGCCCUCCGAGGCCGCAGGCCUGCUGAUGGGGUUCGGGGAGGCGCUUUGCCUGUCGAGACCCCCCCCGUGGAGGGAGAGAGAUGGGUGAUUUGACCCCUGACCCCUGAAAUGUUUUUUUUUUUUUUUUUUCUUUUCUUUUCUUUUUUUUUUUUCCUUUGAAUUGUGAUGGAUAGUUGCCUGCUCAGCCGCGGAGGACUAGAGUUGCAAAAACCCGGGAUUUAAACAUACACACAAGGUCUUCGGCCAGGUGUCAGACAGACUCAUUAACGGAAAAGGACUAUGCCAUUUUUAAAAAAAAAAACACAAUGAAAAAAAAUUACUAUGAAUAAAACAAGAUAGUGACUCUUUUGGGAUUUGCUUUAUUUUUUUGUUGGUUUAUUUAGAGCAAUUAAAUCUGCUGGUUUCAUAAGAAUGAAGCUUUGCCAUUUUUUGGGGACUGUCAGUAUAAAUAAUUUGUAAUUUUAAAAAAGCGUUUCCAGCAAUGAGAGGCAAAGUUACCAUGAAUCAUGUGAAAAAGUUACAGACCUUUUUAUGUUUAUAAAGAAAAUAAAAUGGAUGUCAGCUGUUGUAUUUUUUUUUAAUUAGAUUUUCAAUUUUUUGUUUCUCUAAACUAAACCAAUUGCAGGGAUAACUGCCACUGUUCUCUUUCUUUAAAGGCAGACAAAUAUUGCACAAUACUAUAACUCUUGGUUAUCUUUUCACGAAUUUGAUGUUCUUACACAAAUUAUAGGUAUUUUAAAUUGUUUUGCAUUCCACUUUUUUUUCUUUAGAAUGUGUAUUGGAGGGCUGAAGUAAUACAGUUUUGUAUGUAAAUAACCAAACGGAGUCUGUUCAAAUGUUCUGAAACUGUAUAAAGGAGAAAAAAAAAAUCAUGUUAAUUAUGGAAGCUUGCUUGCUUUUUUGGGGUGGGGGGGUGGGGGGAGGAGUUAAAAUAAACCUUAGCAGCACUGUUAAAAUGCUGGUCCGUGAAGAGUUUGAGACAGUGCAACAUUUGAUUCUUCCAGGGGGGAAAAAGAAACGCAUUGCUAUGCAGUGCAAAGCAUUUAGUCUGAAAAUGUAGAAAUUAAGUAAUUCUGUGUAUAAAAACUAAAUAUUGAUUUUCGGUGUUUUUUAUGGUGUAGUAAUUAGUAUUCUGAAAUACCUGAAUGGAUCAGAAUUUUGCACUGUUUCCCCUUGGAGGUGUUUUAAAACGCGAGAGUUGGACGAGACCGGUUGUGUUGCCUUAUUUUGAGUUUAUUUGAUUUUAACCAACCAAUUAUCAUUCAGUAGGCAGUGCCUAAGGAUAUUUUCAGACCUUAUGUUUUGAAGAGGUGUUUUUUUGCUGGGGGGGUUUUGAUAAUGUUUAUGCUACUAUAACGUGUUCUUGCUUUGUCCCAUUAAAAUGCUGAUGCGUAUAAACGA